GGCAGGAGGGGCUACAGGGGGUGGUGUUUUUUGAAAGAAGAUGAGGGAUUGAUAGAAGGACCUCCGUAUUUCUACUCUAGACUAUUCGUUCCUCAUCCUUGUACACAGGAGGAAAACAAAAGAAAGCUAUGUCGAUCCGGAAUAUCGUAGCCCAGUAUUCCUCCGGACAGCUGUCCCGCGAGGAGUACUAUGCUGCGCUGGCCGAGGCAGUUGAAGUGCGAGGCGGGGGGGAAGAAGAACAACAGCCGAGGAGAGGACCGUCGUCCUCCUCCAGUAGUUCCUCGUCAUCGUCCGCCGGCAGAACAGGACCACUACGCGGCCCCGGGGGCUCUGAAAGAACGAAGAAGCAGGACCACGACAUUUCGUCGCCGGACGAGAAUAUAGUUGCAAAUUAUAACGGGGGACGACCCGGCGGACCACACGCCUCCUCGUCUUCCGGCAGUACAAGUUCGAACAAAUUUCUCUUUUCUGCGGAGCCCGACGGGAGUUCUCCUGCGCCACAGGCCGCGAUACCGAGGAAGACCGCGCAGGAGUCCGAGUUGGGGACUACAGCAAGACAGGGUUUCCGGCGGCAAGUGGAGUACGAUGCGUCGGGGAAGCGCGUCAAGGUCAAGUCUUCGUAUGACGAUCAAGGGUCUUUCCGCAAUUUCGGCGAGGGGUCGGGGGCAGGCCAAAGUGUUCAGGCGGAGGGAAGCAUGGGCUCGUUCAACGAGGAUUUGGAACAAAGAUCGCAGUCGCGACAAGAAACAACCUCAAAAACGUCUAGGACCGACAGCCGCGGCGGGAGCGAUAUAAAGUCUUCUUCUAGUCGCGCGGAUCAAACGAAAGCUAGUCGAGUAGAGAAGUCCAGCCGCAAAGAGCAGUCCAGCCGCACAGAGCAGUCCAGCCGCAAAGAGCAGUCAAGCCGCAAAGAGCAGUCCAGCCGCACAGAGCAGUCCAGCCGCAAAGAGCAGUCCAGUCGCGCGGAGCAGUCCAGCCGCAAAGAGCAGUCUUCAGCAAUAGCGGAUAAAGAGCAAAAAUCUCGUAGAAGCAGUGCCUCUAUGCGUAGUUCCGGUUCUGGUGAAAUAAGGGCGCCGUCGAGUAAAAAUUCGUCACAUCAAGAUGAAAACCUGCAGAGCAGUUUUCAGGAACCGCGGAGCAGUGCGGCCAUGCGUUCGGUCGUACAAGGAUCCAAAAGUAUGCAAGAGGAGGAGGAAAUAAACAGAUAUUCAUCGCAACAGCAGGGGAAGUUUUCAGCGAACGCAUUUUCAACAUCCGCAGGCGAGCCACCCCGGGGAGCUACAACAACCGGGGGUAACAGUAGAUUCUCGUCCCCUUUUGCAGGAGGAGGUCAGGGAGAAGAUGAAGAUAGUGCGAAUGACAACAACUUCUACAGAGGCACGACAGCUUCAAGAGGUGGUGGCCCCACCGCCGCCACCGGAUCUCUUUCCGCCGCGCGGUUCGAGAAAAGCAGCAGACAGCUAUCCGAGAAUGAACUGCAGCAGAGUCGUGGUUCAUUUGCUGGUGAUGUUCAACAACAUCCGAAAGUUGGCGACUCGGCGUCCGCGCCAUCGCGGAGCAGGAGCAAUGGGACAGCGGGUGGAAGCAGUGGAAAUAGUACAACAAAGAAAAAACAAGCUUCUAAACCGCAGCCGAAAUCGAAGCAGCCGAUCAAUUACGAGCACAACCACGAGCGGCCGGAGGGCGGGCGGAGAACGCAGGGUUACAAGCACAAAAAGCAAAUGAUUGGUCGCGACAGCGACUUCACGUUUCAGCCGAAGCACCGAGUCACCCCACCAAGUAGGAGUAACAGUCCACCCUACGAGAGGGAAAAAGAGAAACCCAAGUGGAUGAUGCUGUCGGAGGAAGAAAAUUGCUCCUUUUCCCCACGGUUGAUGACAGCUGCACACCGGUCCAGAUCGCACUCCCCACAGUUCAAACUGUCUACAUCUCCGAAGCGGAUCGAGAAAAACCCGGAAUACUGGGGCGGCGGCCCCCCGCAGUACAUGCUGCAGAGUGAGGACCGCAAUUGCACCUUUACGCCGAAAAUCUCCACGCGGGCGCAGAAGUACCAGUUGCCAAACUUCCGCGAUCGGCUGGAAGCCUGGGCCGCGAAGAGCCGGGAGAAGAGGAAACGAUUAGUGGAGAAAUCCAUGGAAGCGGAGCUUGAACGUAAAUAAUUUUCGUACGUGUUUUUUGCUAAUAUGCUAUCAUGGCAAGAAGAGAUGCUUUCAGCUUCAUCAAAAAGAAACACCUGUACUAUGCUAAAAAAACUUUUAAAGUCGCCAAGCAGCAGCCGGGGAACCGCGGCAGCGCUCCUUCCCAGUUUGACCCGGAGGCCAUGGGGCGGUCCAUGCACGAUUCGCAGGUAGCGCACAAACAGAGGAUCCUCGCCUACGUGUCGCAGAAGCACGGGCACAGCGAGAGCAUGAAAAAAAAGGACGAGCAGCAGGAGUGCACCUUUCAGCCGGAUCUGCGGUCCAGUAAAGACUCGUUUGAACGCGUCCGCGAGACGAUGGCGCCGAGUACCCGAACGGGUGCGCGAGACCGAGUGCGGACACCGGACGCGAAUAAAGUGGUCGCGGAUAUUCUGAAGCACGGAAGGAGGUAUGAAUCUGUUUUUCGGAAGCUACAUGGCUCGUUUCUACUUUUGCGGGAUUACUUGGUUCGAAAGUCAUUGAAUUUCCAGAUUCCGAAAAAAUGAAAAAAUAAAAAUCCAGCCACUACGAGGAGCCCGGUUUUUCUUUGUCUCCGACGGCGAUCCGCACGCACCUUGACGGAGCGCGGCACGCGAAGUGUCGCGAGGAGCAGCCGACGUUUAAACCGCGAGUGAAUUCCGUACGGCCGGAGAUGACCGCCGCGAAGCUGUACCUCACCAGCGACGUUUUUACCCGACUCACCGAGGGGGUGCUGUACAGCCGGGAUUUGAAGGACGACCAACAGUACGAGAAGGAGCACGGGAUGGGCAGGUGGCACAUCAAGGCGAUGGAGAAGGAACUGCAGGACGAGGAGGAGGCUAAGUUUGCCGCCGUGAUUGAAGCGCGGCACGGGGUGAAAAAGGAGGAGGGGCCGAACUGGUGGCGCAUCCAGCGGUUUCUGUGGCACCAAAACCUGUGCGAGGAGCGGCGGUUGCUGAAUUUGGACGACUUGGGCAAAACCUACACGGUGCAAAUGAAGGGGAAGCCGCAGAUCAGCGGGGGAAGCAGGUAUUUGGCGGAUAAAUUGGUGACGAAGGACCUCUACAUCCCCCCCGGCGGCAGUGGGCAGCAGGGCUACUCCUGGCGGCUCGAGGCCGCGCAAAAGGCGGAAAACAAGGAGUGCACCUUUCAACCCAAAAUUUCACAACGGUACGAUAAAAGUAUUCCGUGCAGUUUAUUGAUGUUGCGUGAUCCGAUACACUUAUGGUACUUCUUUUCGACAGCUUCUCUCUGCAUGAGUAUAUGAAAAUGAAGCAGUAGUUGUAGUAGAGUGCGCCUGCCGCGCCCGCACCGGAGAAAAUAAUCUUAUCCGCUACAAUUAUCUUCUUCGAUCCGACAUUGUCAGCAGAAAAACCCGAACUAUAUGACUCACAGGUCCCGGUCUGUGGAGCGUGAUUGGCGGAUUCUGUAUGAGGACGCUGCGAAGAGACGGGAGCGGAAUAAGGAGCGGGAAAAACAGCAGGGCAUGGACCAGCUGCAGGGGGCGACGUUUCACCCGAGAAUAUCCGAGUUUGCGAAGUCGCGCUCGGUAUGCAUUGCAAAUAUGUCUGGGUCUGGAAACUUGUGAUGCUGGGCUGGGAACAGACUGAAUGCUCUGUAAUGCACAGCCGAGCAUGAGAAAUAAUUUGCGCGGCUUAGUGUUGCCUUUUUCGAAUGAUAAGCUGCGCUUUGCAUGACAAGUAAAAGAGUCUCUUCUUGGACACGCAUCACAAACUCGUCAGUCAUGCCAGACAAGCAUGACAAACCUGGCAAUCUUCCAGACCCAGACACAUUUGCAUUUGAUACUCGGGGGUGAUCAACUCCUCUGGGGCGCUGGACGACUACCUGGCGCACCUGCAGUAUCCCAAGCAAAAACGUCCCCGCCCCAUAGUCAAGUUGGGAAUCUAGCAACACAAAUCUCCAAGUUUUGGGAGCUGUGCAUGACAAGUUUCCCUCUACUGCAGUGUCGUGCUGGUUGGCAAGGGAAGCCGCAUGAGACAGCCACUCCUUCAUCCUGUUUACAGCAUUACAAAUUCUAAAACGCGAUUGGUAAUACCUCGCAUGCCGCUGCGCAUUACAAAUGUUCCUGUCAUUGCACAUUUGCAUGACAACUCUGGGGUGGGGACGUUUUUACUCAGGAUAUGCAGAAGAAGGACGAGAGGCUGCUGCUGACAAGACAAAAGUACGUGGACCGAAUGGAACAAGUGCAGCGGGAGCUGUGUCCCUUCAAGCCAAAUCUGAUGCACGCCGCGGGGCACGUACCUAAGGUGGAGUCCGCGUCCUUGGACACCUUUAAACUGUACAACGAACUGCGGCACGCCAGGGAUGCAGAGGUGCAGGACAGAAUUGGGGAGGAAAAAAACUACGCACGGGAACAGGCCCGGCUGGCCAGGAGCAGGAGUCGUACUUACUCUGAAUUAGCUUGAUGCAGCUGUUCUUGCUGGUUUUUUGGUUGUAGUCACUAGCGAUAGGAUUUUAAAGCGCGAGAUUUGAUUUCCACAUUCGACGAGAUAACAGACUCAGGAGACACGAUCAUGAUUAUCAAUUUAAGACGAAUGAUCUGGGAAAGAAAUCGAUCAAACUUCCCGCAGCUGACGCCGCCAAUUCGUCCGAUGGUGGGAACAACAAUACGGCGUCGAGGAGUCGAUCGCAGUCCCAGCCGCCGUCCCAACCUCGCUCGCGCUCGCCCACAACGACGAACACCGGGGCUCCAAAAAUGCUCUCCGAGAAAAAGAAGGAUAAUCAGCUGCAAAAAUGUCUGGGUCUGGAAGAUUGCCAGGUUUGUCAUGCAUAUUUUGAAUGACCCAUGAUGUCUGUGAUGCAUGCCGUAGCAUCACAGAUUUUUAGAGGACUUUGUGAUGCCUCUACCGCAUGAGAAAUGCCCUCUCCACGUAGCACACACUGGAGUCCUUUUGCUGGUCAUGCAAUACAAAUUUUUUUAGAAUCCAGAGACAGCAUUACAAGUUUAUAAUCUUCCAGACCCAGACACUUUUACAUUUGAUAAAGGAGAUCUUGAUGCAGAAGUUCGCCCACGACCAGGCUAUCGACAUUCCGAGCAAAACCGCGAAAGCCCACCCGAAACACACGCCGCUGACCAAGUGGGAACCGAGCCGGUGGAGGCCGAUGAGCGGAUCAAAAGGUGGUUCGAAGUCCCGUAGUUCCCCGGCGAGGGGCAGUCGCUCCGCUUCCCCGGACAAUCUUCCGCGCGCACGACGUUCCCUCACUGCGGUUAAGAAGCCGGAAGCGACGACGAAACGGGAGCCGUCGCACAAGCACGGAUCCGUGUUGUUCAACCACGUCCCGAUCAACUUCGACCCGACGCGGCGGUCCGUGCGGUCCGACGCACAUCUAUCUUCGAGCACCGGAAAUGAUACAAGUAGUGUCGAACAGGGAGCGGUGAGCAAACUGAUCCAGAAUUUCUCGCGCGAAAACAAGCUUUUGUCAUCAAACGCGGUGGAGAACUUCUCGUCGUCGGAUAGAAGUCGCAGCAACAGUCCGAGUCCUGUUCCCGCACGACCUCCGUCUCGGAAAACAGCCCCGAAUCUUCGCGAGACGAACAGCGGCUUGGCUUCCACUGCCGCGGGAACGAACUUUGGAAAUUCCAUGAAUCAGACGGAUUCCGGCGCUUCUGCCUCGCCGGUCAUGUACCACCGGGGGGUUGCCAUCCCGACCGCGACGUUUGUGCCGCGGAAAACGGCACCGAUUGAGGAGGAAACACCAAAGAAGAGCCGCGUGACCAAUCUGUACUAUGCGGAGCCGGGAAGUGGUGAUGAGGCCUUGAAUGCGUUUUACAAAGGCGCUUCUUCUACACAAGCAUUACAGAUGAAAACGAACAACAACCCCAGCGCCGGUGUUCCAAAGUUACCCUUGAACAGUACCGGCGCGAGUCGGCAGUGGGCGCAGGCGAGACGGGAGAAAGAAGACGUGUGGGAGGAGCUCCUUGGCGCGAGCGAGUACAGUAACAGUGAAGAUGUGAUCUCGGACGUGUCGUCGGAAAAGCAGCAAGCCAUAAAACCUUCUACUUCUCUCCAGUUUAACAAGAAGAACAGCAAUCACCAGGCUCGCGACGACGCGGAACAAGAGCGUCGAUUGCAACCAAAGAUUCUCUAUCAGCCGCGCAACCCGCAGGAGAAACACGAGUUGCAAUCUGCGCAAGCGGCGGUGAGCUAUGCGAAAGCGGUGGAGAAUCUGGAGCGCAUGACGAAACACAUCUCGGCACGCAACCAGUUUUUGGAAGCGUCUUUAGAAGCUACCGAGGUAGCGGAGCUUGAUAGGAAGUUCGGCAGAAAUAACAACUACGCGGGCGGCAGUACUACUAGCGGCUCAGUGGGUCCACGGUGGGACACCUCGUGAGGAGGGCUGAGUGUAAGUAGCUUCUUCUGGCACCACCAGAAGACCGGGUAGAUAAGUAUCAGUGGUGGCAAAAAUUGAAGUUGUAUCUAAUGAAUGCAAUAACGCACGAAAAUCUAAAAACCGCGAACAGAAUACUGUUCAGAUUCACAAGGACAAAGCUAAGAUUUCUCUCAGGUACUAUGUGUUUAUAGGUAUUCGACAAGGUGAAAGAUGGUAUGAUGCAGUGGAGCAAUCUGUAUGCAUCGUGCGUAUCCAACAGGUAUUCUUCAGGUAUUCAGGUAAUUUAGAGAGUGUGAAAAAAUACUAUAAGCAGGACGUAGAUGAUUGAGCUUGAAUGUUCUAGUCGCGGCAACUUAAGCAGAUGAAUUCAAAAUAAAUGUGCCGCGCAAGGUGGUGCACUCGAGGAGAGAAGGCCGU